CAGAAAUUUAUUGUAAAGGAGCCAGAGAGUGUUGUUGCAAACGACAAUGUUCAUUUUGCAAAUGUUGUUUCAUAUUUCCUAGACAAAGAUAAAAUGAAGUGAAGAGACUCUGGGUGGUCAAGAUACACCUUUCAGCAGUGAACAGAAAUAAUUCAUAGUAUUUGUGAAGAUCAAAUAUCAAGCAUCAUGAGGCUUACAGACCCUGUACAGACUAAAAUGAUAAGGAGGGCGAUAAAUGAGCUCUGGAAGAGGAAAGGUGUGUUAAAGACGCCUCCAGUUAUCAGUCAUAAGACUGUUUUAAGACAAGGUAAGACAGUGGAAGACUGGAGUAGAAGUAGACCAGUUCCUAAAAAAGAAAGGUGGGAACCUCCUGUAAAAGAUGAUCCUAGGUGGUGGAGACAGCCAACAGUUGAGGAGCUUCCAAACUGGCAUGAGGAGCCAGCGUACACUGUCAGCAGCCAGUCAAGACUAAUUGAAGGUGUGAGACAGGCUUGUAUACUAAGUAAGAGUCAGUUGCACAUUGGGGCUGCCAGGAGGUGUCCAGAGGCUGGUGGGAGCAGUGGAAUUACCAGACCAGGACAAGUUAGUACAGCAGUGUGUCAUGUUGUCACAGGAAUGGAUGUGUUGUGUUUACAGGACAAGUUAGUACAGCAGUGUAUCAUGUUGUCACAGGAGUGGAUGUGUUGUGUUUACAGGACAAGACAAGUUAGUACAGCAGUGGGUCAUGUUGUCACAGGAGUGGAUGUGUUGUGUUUACAGGACAAGUUAGUACAGCAGUGGGUCAUGUUGUCACAGGAGUGGAUGUGUUGUGUUUACAGGACAAGACAAGUUAGUACAGCAGUGUGUCAUGUUGUCACAGGAGUGGAUGUGUUGUGUUUACAGGACAAGUUAGUACAGCAGUGUAUCAUGCUGUCUCAGGAGUGGAACCCCACCAUGGAGAAGCUCCCACGGCGCUUUGACACAGAGAAUGUUGGCUGGCAUUUCAACAGGGAGUAUGGAAUCCCUCAGCAAAUGGCUGUUGAUAUAUUUAUAAGAAGCCUCCUGCUGAAAUGUCAAAGCUUGGUUGGUAAAUUUCCCUGCCUCCUCCAGCACAGGCGCACCGUGCGGCGACCAUACCUGGGUACCCACUACUACUUUAGAGGUGAUCAGCUCAUCAAUAUUCAGGGAUAUAUGAACUGGAUGGUGUCUGCUGAUUCUCCCUUGCCCAUAUUUGGAGAUGAAGACAUGGUGGAUCAGAGUGUGGGUCACACUAUACCAGACAUCUGGCCAAUAGCUCCCACAAAUAGCAUAGCCAACAAUACGCUGUAUGUCAUCCUCAUCCUCAUGUUGUAUUCUGCUCAUCAAACCUGCGGUGGAAAGCUCACCACCGAAAUGCUCUGGGGGAUUCUGUACAGCUUUGGCUACUGUCUGGCAGAGGCCAGAAGGAGGUUUGGGGAGAAUGUGUCCACACUACCAGAACCAGUUUGUGUUCAGCUUGUUCACUUGAACAACAACAACUUUGACUUUAUCUAUUUCCAACUGAACACUCUGAACUUCAACAAUGAUGAAGGUGUGAAGAACUUGGUGUGGGUAGACUCUGACAAUCUGAUGUACCAGAAGCACUUACCCAAGCCGUGGAAAGGUCCUGAAUAUGCAGUUAAACGGUACACUGACUAUGAGCCGGAAGUCUUCAGGAAACUUUUAGCGACGUUUUUAUAUGGUGUCCCAGGACUCGACCUCAGCAGCAAGACAGUUGAUGAAGCAGACCUGCAUGCAAUGGCUGGAGAGCGACAGGUUUCGUCUUCAUAGUGUGGUGCAACAGACCACCAGAACAUGUGGCAGACUGUCAGAACAAUAAACUGUUGAUAAACCAGAUUGACAAGCUGGAGUGUCCGCUCUCAUCUUUAUAGUGUGGAGGACAUAGCAUCAGAUCUGUUACCUGUACCAGGCCAACUGGCUGGAGCUUUCCAGGCCUCAUGUUAAUGUGAUGGACUGUUUCUGAACCAGGCCUGCUGUCUGUACAGCAGAGUGCCAGUCUUUGUUGUAUGGUGGACUGUCAGAGCAGCAAGACUGUUGACGAAGUUGAAACUGACAACUUUCAUCUUCAUGGCCAGGCCUGCUAGCUGCACACCUGUUACUUUCCCCAGUUCUGAGGAAGUGAAGAAUGUCGGGUGUUCAUGAUUAAUUAGACACUGACCUGGUAUUGAUAAACAUGGUUGAUGGAUCACAUCUGGCAGCGUGUUGAUUAAAGUAGAAGUGUGAAUCAUCAUUGUUGUGGUGACAUAAUAAAUUGCUAAUACAAAUAUA